AUGCCCGUUUGCCAGUUCUUCAAGCAAGGCAACUGCAAAUUCGGAGACCGGUGCAGGAACGAGCAUCCAGUCGGACUCCAGCCGCCGAGCAAUGCAAACCGCUUCGGUCCCUUGGGCCAGGCUCAGGCUCAGCAGAGUCGAGGAUUUGGUGCCGAUAUCAUCAAGGAGGAUCUCGUCAAGGAACGCCCAGAAUGGCCGCUCUCCGCCUACGGCCCGGGACGCGACGCUCCACUCCAACUUCUCGAGGGAGGUAUCGACAUCAGCCCCGAGGAGAUGCGCAUGAGGUUCUACGAUGCCCGCGCUGCAGGACUUGAGAACCAAUAUAUUGAACAAGAGAAUAUCCUCGCCAAAGAGGCGCAGAACCAGAUCGACAAGAUUCUCAAUGAUCUCGAAGGGGCCUGCAAGUACGUCGUCGAUGGAGCAAACACUCCUCGCGACCGAGCGAAGAUUGCCAAGGAGUCUGCCAACCCGGCCCAUGCAGGUUACUUCAGCAUCGAGAACCAAGCCCGAAUCGCCAGGAACAAGCCCACUGUCUCCUCUGCCCCUUCCAAUGCCUUUGGCGCUUCUGCCUUCGGUCAACCCUCUGGACUUAGCGCAUCGCAAUCGGCGUUCGGACAGCCCACUGGCCGGGCUUCAGCCUUCGGUCAACCAUCCGGCUUGGGACAGGCCGCUGCUCCCGCUCAAUCAUCUGCCUUCGGACAGCCGUCCAUUCCAGGCCAAGCCUUGGGGUUCGGCCAGCCAUCGGCUCUGGGACAGGGCUCUGGUUUUGGUCAGUCAUCCGCUAUGGGACAGAGCUCGGCCUUUGGACAGCCAUCUGGGCUCGGUCAGGGCACGGCGUUUGGUCAACCCGCUUCUCUAGGUCAGAGUGGCGGCUUCGGACAACCUUCUAUGCCCGGCCAGAAGUCCGUCUGGAGCCCAGCGGCUGCUCCAGCUCAAACAUCUGCCUUUGGACAGCCCUCCAAUCCAGGCCAAACCUUAGGAUUCGGCCAGCCGUCCAACCCAGGCCAAGCUGCCCCCGCUUUCGGCCUGCCAGGAUUCGGUCAAUCCGGCAAUGUGGGUGCUCCUCCCUUCGCGCAGACUCAGCAGGCGCCAGCCUCGAAUGCCUUUGGCACGGGGACCCAGCCAACGUCGACAUUCGGACAACCAUUGCAGCAAUCUGGAUUUGGUCAGCCAACCGGCUUUGGUCAACCCACCACUAGUGGAGCUACUUCUAGCCCAUUCUCUCUCCCCACCGCUGCUCCCACCGCUCCCACCACGAACCCCUUCGGACAGCCCUCAACCUUUGGUCAGCCCACCGUUAACGCAGCUGUUUCGAGCCCAUUCUCUCAACCUACUGCUGAUCCUGCCUCAACUUCACUCGGACAGUCGGCCACUGUUGCCCCAUCCACUGGACUCUUCGGUCGCCCUGACGCCACUAGAGGUGGUGCUUCAAGCGCUACUGGACCUCUCAAUCUCCCGAAAAACCCUCCUACCACACCUGUCACAGCUUACAGUACCAGAAGCGCAGACGGGAAGAAGCUGCUUACUUGGAAAGGUCUCCCCGUGAUAUACAGGAACAAGCUACAAGGCGGCAACGUCGUCGGCGAGUAUCCAGCCUACAAGCUCAACGGCAAGGACUAUCAGCGGAUCUGGUUCCCAGAUGGACCCCCACCGCCUAAUCCAUGGGCCGAGGGCAGACCGGAGGAGUACGAGGGAGAGAAGGGGGCAAAGAUUGCUGAAGCUUACCAGUUUUCCAGGGAGCACGGGUACUACAAGGACGGUAUCCUGCCGAGUGUUCCACCGAAGAGGGAGUGGAUCAGCUGGGAUCUCUAGAUCAUGACUGGCGCUGAGCGUGGUAUUGGCGUCGGUGGUUUAGCUGGAUUAUACGGCCUUUUGGGGCGUAUGGGCGGCCUUGAUGGCGUUUCGAAGGACAGACAUUAUAUACCUUAGCGUUGAUCAUGGUUCUAUCAAUUGAUUUAGUCAUUUCUG